GGGCCAUGCGGUGCCAGAGGGCAGAGAAGGAAGCCGGCUUUGAGGCAGAGGGGGAGGACAAGGACGACAGCUUCCUCCUGCUGCAGCAGUCUGUGACUCUGGGCAGCUUGACCGAUGUGGACCAGCUCAUCGCCAAGAUCGGCGAGACGCUGAAGCUGGACACAGAGCACGAUGGCCCUGCCUCGCCCAGUGCUGCCCCGGGCUCCCCGCCCCUGCGGGUCCUGGCUGUGAUCUCAGUGGAACAGAACCUGUCCCCGGCGAGGCAGAUGCUGAGAUCUUCUGUGCCUGCAGAGACCUGGGCCCCAGCUCACCCUGGAGCCAUUUGCUGCAUGCUGUGGGAUCGCUGUCGCCUCAGGAGCCGGGCGGCUCCCUACUGCGUGGAGGAGCUCACC